CUGCAGUCACGAAAGCUUUAAAUCGAAAUUUUUAUUUUAUUUAAAGCCACCGUCUCUUCAACUGUCCCCACUCUUAGCAAAUCGUCCACGCCGCCUGCAACUACAGUGGCCUUCGUUGGUCAAACGCGAUUUGUUAAUAACCAAUGUAGACAUGCUACACGUGUGUGUAUAUACAGUAAUUCGUUUUUUUUCCUUCCCCCGUAACGUAAUUAUUUUAAUUGUUCACGCUGUUAUUCAUCUAGAAAUACGACACUCGGAAUAUUAAAGGUGGUUAUAACAAAACAAAUGUUGGAGGGGGUAUUUAAGAGAAUCGGAAUCGAGUCUCGCAAUUGUUGGGACGAGGAAUCGAUUUAAAAAUCAUGGAAUUGGUGGCAACAUCUCUGCACCCCUUUACAUUCGGGGAAUUCUCAUUGCCAUAUAUAUUUUUUUUAUACUAUAACAACAAAAAUCCAACUCUUCAAGCCGUAAGAAUCAGCCUCUUGGCAUCACAAUGGGCCUGUCCAUCGCUCCACCCCUACACUUGUGGAAGCCGGAAAGGCUCUUUGCCAUCUCUCCCCCCCCCCCCCCCCCAAGUUGUCCAGCUUCAAGAGGUUUCCAUGCCAUUCAGAACAUGAACAACAAUGAGAUGAUUGCAGACAUAUGCAAAUGAGAACAAAGAACUUGUAAAACAGACCUCGUCAAGAACUGGCCAGAGUUAAUCCUACUGACUGGAGACUUCAUUACAAGACCAUGGGUUUUCCAUGGUACAGAACGACAGCAUUUCCGCUCUCCAAGAAAAACACAUUUUUGUUCAUAUUGCUCUUAGUAUUCUGCAUAUUCAUUGCCACAAAACAAGUAUUACAGAUGUUUAACAAGUCACUAAAUACGAGACCAAAUCCAUCGUGGGACAUUGGUAGAAAUCAUGUUUUUCACCUUGUGGGAGGCACCCAUGCACUUGCCUUCUCGGCAUAUUUUGACACCAGCACUGAGGACCACGUGUUUGUCCGUGUCUUUGCACUUGCUCCAAGGGACAAAAGCUACAUCCACAUAUCCUGUAAACUGUUCUAUCGAGGCCUACCCCCUAUUGUCCAGAUUUCCUCAAAAGUGGAAAUGCUGAACAGUCACUUUGGCUUCAUGUACACCGUGUAUAAUUUUAUUUGUGAUGCUCCAAAACACCUUCCCUCCCCGAGUCACGUGACCCUUGUGGAUGAGGCAUUACACCUCGGUGAGCAUUUCCUCAUCCCUGUCUACGCUCCGAGUAAUUCAUCACACAAGCACACUUUUGGAGUAUGCCUCCCCACCUUAUUUGGAGAGUUCAACAACUCCCUUCUGUUCAUCCAGAGCGUGGAAAUGUACCGCAUUCUCGGAGUCGGCGUCGUUACCGUGUACAACACGAGUGUAAGCCCAAGCAUGGAGAAGGUGCUCAAGCAUUAUGCCCAAACUGGGUUUAUUGACAUUGUGCAGUGGCCCAUAGAGCAUCACCUCAACCCAUCCAAAGGUUGGAUUCCAACAAUUAGUCCAGGAGACAUUCAUUACUAUGGACAAAUGGCUACAAUAAAUGACUGCUUGUACAGGAACAUGUAUAGAGUAAAAUACCUUGCCGUGAAUGACAUUGAUGAGAUCAUCCUACCAAGGCAUUGGUCAAAUUGGGCAAACAUGAUGGAAGCGCUGGAAGAAGACAAGGUUGCAGCAUACUACUUUAGGAUGCACACAUUCCCAGUUAAUGAAACAUACACGUGGAACCUGGGUCCUGGAAUGGAACUAGGGGGCACGGACAUACUUAAGCAAACUGUGAAACUGGUGCCACCCAUCCAUUCCGCCGAUACACCUACCAAGGUUUUGUUGUGCCCAACAAGGGUCGUCUUCCACGCCGUCCAUGGUGUUCUGACUUUUCACUCUGGUUUCACGAGGAAAGAUGUGCCAGACUCAGACGCCACAGUGCAGCACUACAAAGCGUGGGACAAAAGAUGGCAAUUUCCCAAAAGUUCAGAGCUCGAAUAUGACAACAGCACCUUGAAGUAUUCCCAAUUACUUGGAGAAAGAGUUUCCAUGAUAGGGAAUUCAAUACAAGGAUUGUUGUAAAAUACAUAUUCUGAUUCUGAAUGUAUUUGCAACGUUUUGAAUGUCAAUGCAGUUAUCACAUUUAAGACACAAGAUGUAUUACUUUCAAGUCAUGUUGGCUGCCACGUGUCGAGGGUGUUGUGUGAAUUGUGAUUGAACUACAGAAUAAUAUGGCUAAAUGGAUAAUCCAACAAUAUAUCCACAUAAAGCCAAGUAUUUAUUAAGCAACUCAUUGGACAAAAGGCGUUCUGAGAGUGCAUGAUGUCGGCAGCAUUGAUUCAGUGCAAGAAAACUUUUGACUGUUAUCAACAUAUCGUCUCUCAUCAGUCGUCAGGCUUGGUUGCAUCAAUGCUGCUGAACUAUAUUAUGUUGUAGGCAAGGAGCCUGUCUUCAUAAGAUGGAUCCUAGUUCAACGUAAAGAUUAUAUAGCGCAGAACACAAAAUAUUCUUGAGUGUUGUGGAUAACAUAAAGAAAAAUAGGUCAGCAGAUCAUGUCUUUCCUAUAUCUGAUGCUCGAUGUAAACAAAUAUUCCUUACACAUAGUACAAAGCAAAAACCUCGCCGAACGCGGGGAUUACGUUCCUGGAAAAUGCUGUGUUGGGUAAAACUGAGGCAUAGUAACAGACCUUAGGGGGAAAAUAGGAAUGUGUUCCUGGGUCCGAAAUUAUUACCCCUUUUUUAUCGAACGCUGCAUGAUUUCCGCUUCCUGUUAUUGGUAAGAAAUAAUGCCGAGUCGCUCUCCAUUUCUUGUUUGGUUUUGUGUACACUUUAACACGCAAGCUUUACCAAUAUUCAUAACGGUUUUUUUUAGAUCGCGUAAAUAUAAAUGUGUCUUCUUGGUUCUUUCGGUAAAGUCAC